AAAUGAUGAACGAGAAUGAGAUGAGACGAAUAUUUCAUCUCGUUUAUUGUAAAAAAAUCAUUAUAUCACAUUGUACAAUUUUCUGAACCAUAUAAUAUCCGCUGUACUACUUUGGCUGUCUCACUGGAUGUGCAGCCAAGUUGAGGGAAGAUUAUGUCGUCGUUUCGCCAAUUUGAAGAACCAGAUCAUGCUUUGCUCUACAAGAACUACAGGGAAAAACCACCAGCUCGUUUGAUCGAAAGAAUAGUUGAGUUUUUACGCGAAAAGUAUACAGGGCCCCUAAAGCAAGCAGUGGAUUUAGGAUGCGGUUCUGGCCAAUGCACGUUUCUCCUUUCAAAAUAUUUUGAAACAGUUCUGGGGACAGAUAUCAGCCAAGCACAAAUUAGUCAAGCCCUACAAGGAACCGCGGAGGAAGAAUGCAACAACGUCAAUUUCUGCGUUUCGCCGGCCGAGACCAUAGCGUUGGAGGAUCAUAGCGUACAACUAAUCACGGCCUGUGUGGCUGCUCAUUGGUUUGAUUUGGACAAGGUAUACGAAGAAGGACGCCGAGUGCUGUGUGAUGGGGGUGUGAUGGCUUUCCUUUGCAUGGAUUACCUUAUUGUUGAGAUUGGGGAUGACUUGGAACGAAAUCAACAAUUUUUAAAGAUUAUGCAAGAUGUUCACAAAAUUAUGGAUCCCUAUUUUGCUCCACCUGCUGCUCUAGCCUUCAACAAAUAUCGCGAUAUUACCAUUCCUUACAGUGAUCUGACACGUGAGUAUGACUAUGAGAUUGGUGUGACCACAAAUCUUUCUAAAAUUUUGGGAGCCAUCAAAAGCUAUUCAGCAUUUCAAACAUUCUGUAAGGUCAAAGGUGAAGACGAAGGGAAGAAACUUAUGCAAGAUAUAAAAGACAGAUUUCUGAAAAUCGCUACCAUUCCUAAUGAUGACCCUGAUGCCAACGUGCUCACACUGAAACGCCGAUAUUUUGUAGUUAUGGCUCGGGUUUAAGCAAUAACACAACCCAUCUAUCCUAAAUUGAAUAAAGAUGCGUAUUCAUAUUUAUUCAGUGUUUAUUUGUUGGUCAAAUAAAGGCAAAAGUGCAACGAUACAUA